UUGCCUCCCUCCAUUACUUUCUCAUUGUAAUGAAGAGUAAAACAAAACACUUUCCAGAAGAAAUAUUAGCAAAUAAACUGAAGAAGAGGAGAUUAAGUUCAAAUAACAAGUUGGAUGGACAAGAAACAGAGGAGGAAGGUGGACAUGGCGGGUCCAUAGAUGAUGCAGAUGAUGACAAUGAGGAGGAAUUCGAAGCUGGACAUUGCGGGUCCAUAGAUGAUGCGGACUAUGACAAUGAGGAGGAAUUCGAAGCUGGGCAUGGUACUUCUAUAGAAGAGACAGAAGACAAUGAUGAUGGGGAUCCUAUAAGUCAACAUCUCAGUCACGGAUUCUAUUUGAUCAAAGGAAAAAUGGACCACCAAAUGGAAGAUUAUCUCAUGGCAGAAACAAGAGAGGUUAAUGGCCAUGAAUUAGGACUAUAUGCAAUUUUUAAUGGUCACUCAGGUCGUUAUGUUGCCAAGUACUUGCAAAGCCAUUUAUUUGAUAAGAUACUAAGUGACCCUAAUUUCUGGACAAACCCUAAACACUCGAUCAAGGCUGCAUAUGAAGUUACAGAUGAUGAAAUUCUGGGGAGAGUUGGUUCACGAGGAGGCUCGACAGCUGUUACAGAAAUACUAAUUGAUAGAGAGACCCUGAUUGUAGCUAAUGUGGGUGACUCUCGGGCAAUUUUAUGCAGAAAUGGUGUGGUAAAACAAAUUACAAGAGAUCAUGAGCCAACAAAGGAGAAGCAGCUUGUUGAGAGCAGAGGUGGAUUUGUUUCUGAAAAGCCCGGGAAUGUUGCACGUGUGGAUGGGCAACUAUCAAUGACCAGGGCUUUUGGAGAUGGGAAACUGAAGGAGCACAUCACUUCAGAACCAGAUGUAAAGGUUGAGAAGAUUGAUAAGGAUACUGAAUCCAUUAUUUUGGCAAGUGAUGGCCUGUGGAAGGUAAGAUCUAGGUUUGCACUUGAAAAAAAGUUUCUGGAUAAGCACUUUUAGCUGUGCUGAUUGGAAGGUAUCUUUCACCCGAACCCCCAAGGGUUGGCCCAAGUGAUGAUAGCCCUAGUCUUAAGGUAUCACUCCCUUCAAAGUCUAAGGUUCAAUACCUCAUGGAUGCAAACAAUCCUUUAGGGCUACACCUACUGGUGAAAAGCUAGCGAUUUAACCAGUUCCGUGUAGGGAAACUUCCGAGGGUGCGGUGCAUGGGACUGAGGUUUACUCUGCAAGGGUGGGACCCACUCUGCCUUGGAGAGGUUCCCUGGCAUAAAAAAAAAAAAAAAAAGGUAUCUUUCACCCGGAUUACACAAGUUGAUGCAUUGCACUCUCCAAUUACCAUUUCUAGGCUCGAUUGUUAAGACUUGAAGUUACAUGUGUGUAAGAAAAUUAUUGUUUGCACGAGAAGUUUUCCGGAAAUAAUACUAUAAUCAUGUUGCCAUAAAAAUUUUAUUUGUUCGAGUUUAACUACA